AUGGCACAAGUUAGUCAAAGAAAGCUGGCUGAGUUGUCCGCGGAAGAAAUUCGCUACAUCAUCAAUCAUGUGUUCCUUCCACCACAGUUACCCCAUGAGAAUGACUACGAAGUGAAGAAUGACGAAGCCUUACUAAAAAUGGUAGUUCAAACUCUCUAUGAAUUUAGAGAAUAUGUACAAGGAGAUGAAACCAACGCUGUGGAUUCGGCCAUCACUACGAUGGAACACCUACAUCGUAACCACGAUUUUGCCGGGGAUAAAUCAUCAACUGACCAAAAAGGGCUCCGCAAGGCCUUUCAUCUCCUUGACCAGGAAGGUGGCACGGUUGCCUGCCAUAUUCAAGCUCAAAACUGUGGUGUCUUGUUCUCGAGAUUGGAUACAUCUGUUUAUGUCGAGAUGUUUGAGCUAUCUCCUUCUAACCAGGCUGUCAUUUCAACAGAAGGGAGAUUACGUCGGAUCUUCCCUGGCGCAGCUGUGUCUAUCCCGUUGUCUGUUUUCCAAACAUGCGAGUUCCAAGAUACAGUAGCUUACACCUUGACAAAAAUGACCCAUCAGUCGGCCCCUGAUACCCAACCCCAGGUCAGAAAGAGCAACAAGAUGCACGAUGAAGAUCGAGAUACCACACACCCGAAGAUAGUCACCGAGCUCUUCUUUGCAUUCCUAUUAUCUAUAGGCGACGAGGUAGAAGCUGAUAUUCGCAAGAUCACUUCGGAAUGGAUCCACGAUUUGGAAAACAAAAUUCAAGAUGCUACGGAUGACGAUAUUAAGGAUGAGCUGCGAUGUAGAUUGGUGAAAGUAACACUGAUCUGUGCGGACACGUUCAACACCGAAGAGGAACAUCUCCGUAACCUUUUAGCCGCUCCCGAUUCUGCCUGCACUAUGAUACGGUGCAGCAUUGUAAUUAAUGAAGGACUAAACUUCAUUCCAAAGAAAACAGAUGAUUGGACUUCUAUCAUGCAUCGAAGAUGGGAGCGGCUUGCGUACCGAGCAUUUGAUAUUCUCGCAGAAGAAAUAAUUGCAAAGAGCAGCCCAGCAUUAGACAAUGCUAUCAGGAAGACUUGGUCUGAUUUCCCUCAGACGGGAGAAUGGAUACGCCAGCAGAGGCCAUACCAUCAUUGGAUUGUCAACCGAUCAACACCUAAUAACGGAGACAGUGAUUUGGACGUCCAUAUCAGUCUAUUAACGGGCGAACUCCUCGUCAAUGGCUCUCCUCUAGGUCGACUACCUCGAGAAUAUGAGCAACACUAUAUGUAUCCCACAUUAUUUGGAAAGUCGAUUCUGGAAGUUGUGCCGAGCUCAGUGCCUGGGAUGCGAUUCAGUUCCAAAAACACUUUCAAUGAACACAAUCUAAAUUUUGGCUUGGACAAACCUACCGAAACCCUCCUUGUUCGAGCAGUUAUCGACAACGAAACAUUCGAACUGGUUCCCCGAAGCAUCCUAUAUAAUUCAUUCCCGAUAAUUUUCAUUGAUAACUUCGUUCAUUGGUAUAACAAAGCUGAUGAUUGCGUCGAGUUCUGCCCUCGGGAGCUUCCAUGGACUCACUCGGAAAACAACUGGAAAUUGGUACGCUCGGAUACCACAAGUCACUGCUGGCGGCUACGUAAAGGUAGUACGUUCCUUGUCGACAUCAAGAGUGAUACAGCGAAAGAAGUCUUCAAAACAAACUUAAAACGUCUCGAAGAGCUUGCCUGGACGCAUAUCAUUCUCCAGGGUGACUCUGUAGAUAUUGAACUUCCUAGGUUAAAACUAGGGUUCCACUUGAAGCAGGGAGAAACUUCAAUAUACUCCCACCAAUUCCGUGGAAUGUUGGUAGAUGAGGACCAGUCGAUUGGAACCUUGAUUGGUCUCCAAAGUAUGCUUGUGCUGAAAGGCGACAACGGCCGAGUUCGACGCAAAGCCCUCAUCCCAAAUGGAAAUGUAUCAUUCAAUAAGUACGGGAAACAUAUCCAUGUUGAUAUUGAAAAGCAAUCUUCUACGAUGGCCUACAUUUAUGAGGUUGACGGCUUAAUUGGCAGACUUAUUAACAAUGGAAGUCUACAGGGCAGGCUACUCUUGUCGUAUCUUCACGCGCUUACCUCUUUUCCCUUACCAGAUCCCUUAACAGGGAAAACAGGAACGGAGGAAGCACUAUCCAUCUUGAAGUCUGCCGCUGUGCGGUCUUUUAUAAAGCUUACAGAAGAAAACCUUGAGUUACUGAAGAAAAUCGCCCUGCUUACUCCAGCGCGAUACUAUUACCCAGCUAACGAACGGGAAAUGCAAACUGUGGUAUGGGAUCCAUACCUUGACUUCCUGGCCCAGCAUGAUGAGUUUUAUCAAAUUGUGUGCUCGAUAUUCGACCAAGCCAAUAACUCGAAAAUUUUCCACCCAGAUUCUUAUGUUUCCCCGCCAGAUCUACAUCAGGUUGAACAGAGCCUCCUACGCCGUGAUAUCAUUCGUUCAUCUACAUUCCGCGUCUCGGGAUUUGGUGCUGAGGACCAUACUACAUCCUCGGAUGUGGUUUAUCUAGGCAGAGACAAUGAUCAGUCUUCUGAAAGAGCCUCCCGGGCUUAUGUUCUGUCUAAAAUUAUAUUCCGAGAACCGUUCGCUCUGAAUGAAAACACCGUGGCAGACCUAGGAAAAUGUAUCCGGGAAUUCCUUGCUCGGUAUGACGUGCUUGGGCCUAGGUCUAUUAGCUCUUCUUCUCCAGAUAUCGAAGUAAACUACGAUUCCACAUUGCUUCUAGGUUCGACUGAGUUCGUCGCCAAACACUGGAUUCAAAUCUGCGAGUUAUUGAGCAAUAGAACCGAACUCAAUAAGUUCAAAGUCAUGUUUUGGCUUUCUACGAUUUCAUUCGCUAAUGAUGCUAACAUGACAAUCCUUCAGGUUUUGGCAUCCUUCUUCACAGUUCCUGAAAUGGCUCUUAGUCCACCUGCAGUUGACAUUUUUCAGCUCUCUCUUGGCUCUUGGGUCGACAGUUCAAAAUUACACAAAGUUAUUUACGAUUCACGCCGUCCGUUUCAGGAAAGUCCGAAAGCUUCUCUGUCUCAAGAUCCAUUGGAGAGCUUGUCCGAUUUUGAGCGCCGACAGUCUCGGAUAUUUCAGGACAAAAGAAAGGAAGCAGUCAGAGCUUUUAGCGAUAAACUAGAAACCCAAUGGCCCUGUGAGUGUCCGAUUUUCCCUCACAACACGAGUUCUGCGGAAUGGUGGAAAUACAUAGAUGUGUGUUUGGCCAUGAAUAAAGUAACAGAAUUAUUCAGGCCACGCUAUCAUAACCACCUGCUUGAGAACUAUCUCAACCAGAUCGGUGGUAGGAUUCCUCGGAAUGUCAUUCCAAUUCCCAUUUCUCGAUUCUCUCCAACUAUUCCCUCUUGGAAUUGUACGAGGGAGCUAGGUUUUACCAGCAACGACGAAAUAUUCACUACCCCGGCUCCUGUUAUGUUACCAUGUGCUGAUAUGGCACAAAGCAUAUCCCUGAUCAAUAAUGAUAGUAACGAAGUACCGCAGCUUCCCUUUCUGCUGUCGAGAUUAGACAAGCAAGUACAAUCUGAAUACGAAAGACGUUACGUAUUAGACCUUAAGAAUAGCACGCGGUCACUACAGGGCUGGAGGAAGGAGUACUGCCUGACGAAAGGUGUACAAGAGCUUGAAGAACUUCUUAUUCGCCAUCGCGAUAGUUGCCAAGAAGUAGUUGAUAAGAAUUAUAGGGCCAUAGAAGAAGCUGUUAUAUCCGAUCAAGGAGACGAACGGAUUACUUCACGAGCUCUCUUAUAUUCUACUCAUCAAUGGCCAAGACUAUCACCAAGCUUCUUCUUGCAACGUCUCCGUCGUAGCAAGUGGCGGAAGCUACCUGAAGACUGGAAAAACUGCAUAAUUAAUUACGGCAUAACCAUUUCUCAGCUACAGCGAGCAGACCGCUUGCUAAGGGCAGUUCACAACCCUUCUGUCCUAGUAAGCGAACUGCGAAAUCUUGGCCAUACGAACUGGCACCCACGAGAUCAACCAGAGUCUCUGCUCUUGGAAAUAGAGGGCGACCUUAUGAUCCGUCCAGUUCAGGAGCAAAUAGCCAAGAAUAUGAGAAGCCCCGAAGGGGGUAGGAAUGCCGUCAUGCAGUUAAACAUGGGAGAAGGGAAGUCAUCUGUCAUCGUACCCAUGGUCGCAACAGCUCUCGCAAAUGGUUCUCGUUUAGUCCGGGUAAUUGUUGGAAAACCGCAGUCGAGACAGAUGUACCAAAUGCUUAUCUCUAAGCUUGGGGGUUUGCUGGAUCGACAGAUCUUUCACAUGCCAUUCUCUCGCGCAGUUAAAGUCGAAAACUCUGAGAUAUUGGUGAUGAGAGAUAUGUUUAAAGCCUGCAAGAGAAAUGGGGGCAUAUUCUUAAUGCAGCCCGAACACGUCCUGUCUUUCAAGCUUAUGGGUAUCGAGUGUAUCCUAACUGAAAAAGAGCCGAUCGGUCGUGCCUUGGUAAAAAGGCAAGAAUACCUUAAUACGAAUACUCGUGAUAUCGUCGAUGAGAGCGAUGAAAACUUUAGCGUUAAAUUUGAGUUGGUUUAUACAAUGGGCAUACAACGUCCGACUGAGUACAGCCCCGAAAGAUGGGUGUGCAUCCAUCAGGUCCUAGAGGUAGUUAGAGAAGUUGUCUUGGAAGUUCGUACUAACCUCCCCGGUGCGCUGGAGGUUCAUUCUCAGUAUCCCGGAUGUUUCCCACGUACUCGUAUUUUGCAACCGGAUGCUGCCGACCAGAUUCUCUCUCGGGUCACGAAACGCAUUUGUGCAACAGGCCUCAACGGCUUUCCCAUUACAAGACAGCAGGAACAUGUACGUCAAGCAAUAAUAAGAUACAUUACUGAGGUUCAACCUGCUACUACGGAUAUUGCGCUCGUUGAAGACCCUAGCCUGAAGGGAUUUUGGACGCGUGCUAGCCAAACUUUGCUCCUAUUGCGAGGUCUUAUAGCCGGGGGCGUACUAGGCUUCGUGUUCGGGUACAAGCGGUGGAGAGUUGACUACGGCCUUGACUCAAACAGACAACCAAGCACUAAACUCGCAGUUCCAUACAGAGCUAAAGACAACCCUUCGCUGCGGUCUGAAUUCAGUCAUCCGGAUGUUGUUAUCAUCCUCACCUCUCUGAGUUAUUAUUAUGGCGGUCUUGAGUACGAAGACCUAUUGCAAACUUUCAAACACCUCCUUAGGUCUGACCAAGCCGAUCAGGAGUUCGGGGUGUGGGUAAAAGAUGCAGAUAAUCUACGUGAUACCUCCAAAACUUUGGUUGGCAUUAACCUCGAAGAUGCCGAAUGUACACAGUCCCUAUUUAGCUCUUUUCGGCAUUCUAAAAGCACCAUAGACUAUUUCCUAGCGUAUACAGUCUUCCCAAAGGAAAUGAAAGAGUUCUCGCACAGGCUUUCUGCUUCGGGUUGGGAUAUAGGCCAAGUCAAGACUCAUCCAACAACAGGUUUUAGCGGCACAAACGACUCCCGCCAGGUACUACCACUUGAUGUCGAGCAGCUAGAUCUCGAGGACCAGAAGCACACAAACGCAUUAGUCCUAGAGAAUUUGCUCCACUCCAAGAAUUCCGUUACGCUCCUGCCGCCGCGUCGGGAGAGCGAGAAUUCGGUCGCCGAUGUGCUACUGAACAUUAUUACAAAGCUCGAUCCGCCGACUCGAGUCAUACUAGACGUGGGAGCUCAGAUACUUGAGCUGAAUAACUUCGAAGUAGCGAGAUCAUGGUUAGAUAAGACUAAAUAUGAUAGUAAUAUUCAAGCGGCCAUCUUCGUCGACGACAACGACGAGCUUUAUGUUCUAGACAAAAAGGGCCAUCUUGAGCCUCUCCAUACUUCACCGUUUGUGUCACAACCGGAUGUGUGUGUUGUUUUCUUAGAUGAAGCGCACACGAGAGGCACUGACCUGAAGUUGCCAAGGGAUUACCGUGCAGCUGUCACGUUGGGGGCAAAUUUAACGAAAGACAGGCUAGUACAAGCUUGCAUGCGGAUGAGAAUGCUAGCAGAGGGACAGUCGGUGGUAUUUUGCGUCCCUGACGAAAUCCAAAGAAAGAUCCGGGCGCAUAGGGCUGAUAUCGGACUUUCUGCCGACCAGGAUAUCUCAGUCUUGGAUAUUCUGGCCUGGUCAAUCGGUGAGACAUGGAGAGACAUCCAUAGGAGUAUGGCAUUGUGGGAAAACCAGGGCCGACGCAACGAAAACCAUAGGAAUAUAUGGAAAGAGGCCCGUUCUGGCGGCAAGGUCAAUCUUACCGAAGGCCUCGCCAAGAAAUAUCUUGAAGAGGAGGCGAAGACACUCGAGUACAGGUAUCGGCCUCGCCCCGACAGUGACGCAAUUACACGUUCGCAAGUGGUAGGUACAAACACCACAGAUCCGAUCUCUUUACGAUGUAAUGAGUUCAAAAAUUUGAAGCUCAAUUCAGCAGAGCUUCAAGAAGAGGAAGAACGCGAGUUAUCGCCGGAGAUUGAGCAGGAACGGCAAGAUCAGAGGCCUCCCGCGGCAGAACCAGCUCUUCAUACAAUCCACAACAAUAUCGAAACAUUCAUCACCUCUGGCAUGAUCACCCAAGGGUCUCCAGGAUAUAUGCAUGCGUUUUCAACCUUGCGCAAUACUUCGGCAGGGGCUUGUUUCGACGUGUCCCAGUUCCGUCCUGGGUUACUUGUCUCAAAUGACUUUGUAAAUACUAUUAUACGACGCGGCACCUCAGAUCACUUAGAUUCAUACCAACGCACGGUCCAAUGGAUCUUGACGGGGGCACCUCCUAGCGAUGGAGACUCUACGGAUACGCUCGUCAAGCAUAUGAUGGUCAUUAGCCCAUACGAGGCAAAUAAGCUGUUACCGAUGAUAAUGAGAUCCAAAGCUGUUGCCUUACACCUCUAUGCGCCUAGAGCAAAUUUAGGCUAUUGCAACCUUGACAAGCUUGACUUAUAUACGGUACCCGAGAGGCUAGCGUCGCGCAAGGUGCCCCAAAGCCUUAUCACGGAACUGAACCUGUUCGCCGGACAACUCUACUUUGACUCAUAUAAGCAAUAUGUGGACGCAUGCCAAUUUCUAGGCAUUAGCUACAGUACGCCCAGGGAGGGGGAAGAGAUUGCUGCCGACGGGUUCAUAGCCAAAGACAGCACGGGUAGGGUUGGUGGAGAGUCAGGCCUGAAGAGCAGCCCAGCGGCGUUUUUCAAAAUCCUCCACACUAAGAUCCGACGCAAUUGCGAGAGUAUUGAGAAAACACACAUGGGGAAGCUGUUAGACAACCAGUUACUGCAGCCGUCGGAUUUUGAACAACAGUAG